AGCUGUGCACAUCUGUAACAGGCAGAAUUAAUCAGUGAACCAUCAUGGCUGUCUCUACGCCCUCAAAUCCCAUCUCCACACAGAAUGGCAUCUCUUUCCCAUGGAGGCUACUAUGGAUCAUCAUAACUCCACACUACGAGGAUCCCUGGGAGGAAACGCUGGAGGAGCUCUCUGCUGGUGGUCCAGAUCCCAUUCGCCCCAGGAUGCUGCUGCUGCCUUACCUCAUGCUUGCUUGGCUCUCCAUCUGCUCGGCAGAUGACUAUCAGCUGAAGGCAGCCAAAAUAAUGAAUGCCACACCUGUGGUGGACGGUCACAACGAUCUGCCCUGGCAAUUGCUGACAAAAUUCAACAACCAGCUGUCUUUGAAGGCAGCCAAUUUGCACCAGCUGCAAGACACUCAUACCAAUAUUCAGAAGCUGCAUCUCGGGCAUGUAGGAGCACAGUUCUGGGCAGCCUACGUGCCCUGCGACACCCAAAACAAAGACGCAGUAAAGCGAACUCUGGAGCAGAUCGACGUCGUCCAUCGGAUGUGCCACCAAUAUCCAGAUGUCUUCAAGUGUGUUACUGACAGUGCAGGUAUCCGGAAGGCUUUUGACACUCGCCACGUGGCCAGCCUAAUCGGCGUGGAGGGCGGCCAUUCCAUUGACAGCAGCUUGGCCGUCCUGCGCACCUUCUACCUGCUGGGCGUGCGCUACAUGACCCUCACCCACAGUUGCAACACUCCCUGGGCUGACAACUGGCUGGUGGAUACAGCUGAAGAAAAGCCUGUUCACAAUGGCUUGACGGAAUUUGGGAAGCGUGUGGUCCUGGAGAUGAACCGGUUGGGCAUGAUGGUGGAUUUGUCCCAUGUCUCUGUGGAGACCAUGAAGGCUGCCCUAAAGGUCUCCAGGGCCCCCGUGAUAUUCAGCCACUCCUCGGCCUAUGCAAUUUGCUCAAGCAGGCGGAAUGUACCGGAUGACGUGCUCCGCCAAGUGAACGAGACACGCAGCCUUGUAAUGGUCAACUUCUACAAUGACUACAUCUCCUGCAGCAGUCAUGCCACUCUGGCCCAGGUAGCAGACCACAUGGACUACAUAAAGCGCGUUGCAGGAGCAAAGGCUGUUGGCAUUGGAGGAGACUAUGAUGGGGUGACCAGAGUCCCUCAAGGCUUAGAGGAUGUCUCCAAGUACCCAGACUUAAUUGCUGAACUGCUGAGGAGGAAAUGGACAGAAGAGGAGGUGAAGGAUGCCCUGGCCAACAAUCUGUUGCGGGUCCUACAGGAAGUAGAGCAGGUGCGAAACAAUAUGACUCUCAAAGGAGUUGCUCCCGAUGACACACCCAUUGCCUUCCAGGAACUGGAAGGAGGAUGUCGAACACGCUACGGGUACUCCAACCAAGGACACCACCCGAGAGCUUUGCCUGCUGUGCUCCUACUACUACUCCUGCUUUCCACACUGAUCUAAUAGAAGCCCCAGGAUCUCCUUCCUUGUAGACUAUGAGGAUCCUGCUAGGUUAGGAAAGAAGCAGCAUUUCUACACCCAAUUCCUAUCACACUUCAAAUUCUGCCCAAAUCUUGGACUAUUUUCUUAUUACCUCCAUUAACUUAUGGCUGGUUACCAAAAUGCCGCUAGUGCCUCAAUUACAGCUCCUCCUUCCCUAUUGCGGACAUCAGAGGAGAGACAAGCAAAAUUCUGCUUUGAACUUUUCAAAAUAUUUGCUAGUCGCCUUCUUUGCUCUGCAGAUACCGAGUGUGUGCAUAAUGCCGGACAUGCAUGGUGGGGAGUACAGGGAAUGACACCUUGUGCCCCUUAGGUACUUCUUCCGUUUGCCUGGCUCUUUUUUCCCGCCUUGUGAAGGACAGAGAUCUUAGCGGAAGGGAUGACAAGAGACACACAAUGGGGAAUACAGAUCAAAAGCAAUGCAGUGGCACCAGCAGCCCUGAGUGUACUACGCAAAAAGCCCAGUGCAUUCCCCUUUGCGUGCCUGUUUACUUCCUUGUAAUCCCUCCCUCCAAUGAAUGUAAAUACAAGCAUUAAUUCCCUCUCAUGAAUCAUCCAGCUGGGGUGGAGUGCUUAGGAAGUGAACAAAGCAAAGGGGUGAAACUGAUUAGUCUUUUAUUACUUUUGAACAGGCUGUCUCCGCCCUCUCCCUCCCUCUCUCUCUCUCUCUCUGUGUGUGUGAACAUUCAAAAGGCAGGGAGUGGUGAAAAAGAAUGUGCAGUUGGGUUCACAUAAUUUCCUACUUAGCGAUUGCUUUGCUUAAUAAUGCCCAACUAUGGUCACUAAAUGAGGACUACCUGCAUUAUAUUAUAACCUGCAUUACAAUAAGAGAACCAAGGUGUUGGCCUAGAACCAAGGGAGACGGCGAGUUCAAGUCCCACUGUUGGCUAACUGGGUGACUUUGGGCCAGUCCCUCAGCCUAACCCACCACACAGAGUUGUUAUUGGAAAAAGAAAAAAGAGAAGGAUGUUUGCCCGCGUGAGUUGUACAUGGAAAAAGAAAUGGGGAUAUAAAUCUUUUUUUAAAAAACCUGCCUUGGUGGAAUAUGCAGGAUCGUCUAGGUAAGGAGGGCUUAAGCCCCGAGAUCAGAUCCAGAAAGGGCCCCUUCCUGAUUGACUGGGUUAUUAGGAAACACCAAGCAAUCAGAUUGGCAAGAUUCUGUGACUAAAGCUAGUAUCAAUAAAAAGGACUUUUAUCCAACUUCCUGUAGAGUUGAUUUACUAGAACAGCCGUCCACAGCAGCUCGUCCCUCGCAGGGCCUCUUCCCCACGAAGCAGUACCUGUGAAGAUGGAAACAGACCCCUUUGGAGGAAAAGAAGCCCCCCAGUGGUGCUUGCAUUCCCUGCAGGAGUCCCUCUCCGUCUGCUGGAUCUCCAGCACGGCCUUCCCCUUUCAUGCAGGCUUGCUAUUGGCUGCCAUAGAAAGGGGGAGGGGGCGCGUGGCAUUAGGGUUUGGGAAGUGAGCUGGUGUGGUGAAAGCCCACGUGAACUAAAAAGGCGGCUUGCUCUCAAGAACUACUGCGCUGCUGAGUGGAGCUGAACUCCAGAUGGGCGAUAUACCUGAAGAUGAGCUUCACAUGACAUUAUGUGGGACCUGGAUCGGACAUUCAGCCUGGGUCCCUGGGGGGAGGGAUUUGGGGAAACUUUCAAUCUGUAACUUUCGCACCUUUUGAAUCAGAUCUUGCCUUGCUUUCGCUGCUAUCGUUUCAAACUCAGUAAAAGGACCUCUUCUCUA